AUGCUCCUGGUCCCACUGCCAGCCUGGCUGGCCCUGGGCAUCCUGCAGCUGCCCCUCGGCAGCGCCCAGGAGUGCCUGAGCCCGCAGCAGGCGCUGGGCGCGCUGCGGCAGAUGCAGAGGCUGCUGGCGGCGCAGGAGGCUGCGCAGCUGCGGGGCACACGCGCCCUCCGGCACCAGCUCUCCGUCCUGCACGGCCGCCUCCAGCGACUCGGCGCCAAGCACAACGAGACGUGUCCGCCGCCGGCCGUGCCCCGGAACGGGCGGGUGCUGGGUCGCAGCCUGCGCCCGGGACACGACGUUCACUUCGUCUGCGACGCCGGGUUCCGGCUGGUGGGCUCGGAGACGCGCAGCUGCCGGCACAACCGCACGUGGAGCGGCACCCAGCCCUCCUGCAGAAGUAUCGACGACUGCUCCAGCAAUCCGUGUGCCAACAGCGGCACCUGCGUGGAUGGCAACCAGAGCUACACGUGCCUUUGCCCCAAGGGCUGGUCAGGCCCCAGCUGCCAGAGCCCCAUCUAUGCCUACUGGGUGACGCUGAGCAACGCGUCCUUCAGCCGCCAGCCCCGCUGUGCCGAGGGCCGCCCGGGCUCCCGGCGCUGCAGCUGCGACACCGGCUUCCAGCUGCGACCCGGCGGCCUGUGCCAAGAUGUGGAUGAGUGCCAGCUCUUCCAGUCCAGCCCCCAGACCCGGCUUUGCCUCCACAGCUGCCUCAACGUCCCUGGCUCCUAUCGCUGCCUCUGCCCCCCCGGCUACCUGCUGCACGCUGACCGCAACACCUGCGAGGAUGUGAACGAGUGCGUGGGGAAGCAGCACAACUGCACCCAGGGCGAGCUCUGCAUCAACACCUUCGGGGGCCACCGCUGCGUGCGCCCCAAGUGCCCCCCGGCACGCCACAACACCAGCUACGUCAAGACCUCUGCUUUCCAGUGCGAGAGGACCCCGUGUCCCGCGGAGAGCCGAGCCUGUCGCCUGGCCGCCACCUCCAUCUCCUUCCACUACCUGCCGCUCCAGGCCAACCGCAGCGUGCCCCACGUGCUCCUCAGCACGUCCACCACGCGCUUCACGGGCGACAGCCUGCGCUUCGCCGUCACGGGCGGCCGAGCCCAGCCGCAGCCGCAGGGCACCUUCGCCGUGCGCCGUGCCGACCGGCAGACGGCAGAGCUGCUGCUCACCAGCCCCGUGGCGGGACCGGCCACGCUGGAGGUGGAGCUGGAGAUGAGCGAGUUCUCCCACAAGGUCCUGCUGGGCAAGCACAUCUUCAGGGUCACUGUGUUUGUGUCCCCUUACGAGUUCUGAUCCCCUUUGGGGGUGGGGCUGAGACAGGGCUCUC